AUGCAACGCGCGGCAAAACGAGUUUCUUCUUUAUCCACACAUGGCUGUUGUAGUCAGGUUGUAGUCACUGCUUGCUAAUAUUUUUCUGGUUGAAAUUAACAUUUUUUUCAAGCUCGUGUCCGUUUUAGGGCAGCCACCAAAUGAAAGUUAAAGUGCUCUCGAGGAACCCGGAUGAUUAUGUCCGGGAGACCAAAUUUGACAUUCAGCGCGUCCCUAGAAACUACGACCCAACCCUUCAUCCGUUUGAGGUGGUCAGAGAGUAUGGACGAGCUCUGAAUGCCACGAAGCUGGAGCGGGUGUUUGCCAAGCCCUUCCUGGCCUCCCUGGACGGUCACAGAGAUGGGGUGAACUGCAUGGCCAAGCACACCAAGACCCUCUCCACCCUGCUGUCAGGCUCCUGCGAUGGAGAGGUGAAACUUUGGAAUCUGACCAAACAUGAAUGUGUUCGAACUCUCCAAGCACAUGAAGGUUUUGUGCGGGGAAUGGUUGUGCGCUUCUGUGGAACUUCCUUCUUUACGGUUGGUGAUGACAAAACAAUCAAGCAGUGGAAAAUGGAAUCGCCGGCUUAUGGAGAGGAAGAGGAGCCGCUUAACACUAUCCUUGGAAAGACCGUGUUCACAGGACUGGACCAUCACCGGAAAGAGGCUGUGUUUGCCACAUGCGGCCAGCAGGUGGACAUCUGGGACGAGCAGAGGAGCAGUCCAAUCCGUUCUUUCACCUGGGGCGUGGACAGCUUCAGCUCGGUCCGCUUCAACCCUGUGGAGACUGAACUUCUUGCCAGUUGUGCGUCUGACAGAAGUAUAGUGCUGUAUGACAUGAGAGAAUCAGCCCCACUUAAAAAGGUCAUCAUGACAAUGAGGAGCAACACAGUUUGCUGGAACCCCAUGGAAGCCUAUUACUUUACAUGUGCAAAUGAGGACUACAACCUCUACACAUAUGACAUGAGGUACCUGGACAAGCCCUUGUUGGUUCACAUGGACCAUGUCUCUGCGGUGCUGGAUGUUGACUAUUCUCCCACUGGGAAGGAGUUCGUCUCUGCCAGCUUCGACAAGACCAUCCGCAUCUUCCCCAAGGACAGUGGACACAGCAGGGAAGUGUACCACACCAAGCGCAUGCAGCACGUCAUCUGCGUAAAGUGGUCGGCGGACAACAAGUACAUCCUGAGCGGCUCUGACGAAAUGAAUAUCCGCCUGUGGAAAGCCAACGCGGCCGAGAAGCUCGGAGUGCUGGCCCCCAGAGAGAAGCAAGCCAUGAACUACAAUCAGAAGCUGAAGGACAAGUUCCAGCACCACCCCCAGAUCAAACGCAUCUCCCGCCACCGACAUCUACCCAAGAACAUUUUCCACCAGACCAAGGAGCUGAGGGUGAUGAAGGAGGCUCGCCGUAGAAAGGAGAGGAACGUCCGCAAGCACAGCAAACCCGGGACUGUUCCCGUGGUGCCCGAGAAGGAGAAGCAUGUUGUCACUGUGGUGAAGUAGGCCGAGCUGAAGGAAGGAAGACCUUAAAGAGACUGAUGUUAGGAGACGGCUUGGAGAAUAAAGUCACAUCCGCAUGGGAGAUGUCCAUCUCCUCACUCUUAAGGAUUAAAGAAAGGUUUAUUUCGUGGGAGCAACGAGAGACCAGUUGUGCAUCGUUUGAAGUACAAGGACACAGACUGUAAAUACAAUAAAAACUUCUACUGGACUUUUUCACUGUUGGUUCUAAUGAUAUGAGUAAUCAACAACCAUCUUGACAGUUACAGAUUUACAUUGAUACGAACAUGAAAGAACCUUGAAUUUUCCCUGAGUGGGUACUUUCACAUUUACAGAUACACGGUCAACAGUUGGUACAUUUAUUUUAAAGACGUUCAAAAAAAAAGUUGCUUCUUGAAACUACCACAGAUGCUAUAAUCUCCAAAGAAACUGGAUUGUCGACAUGUCCUCCAACAAAGUAAUUAUAGCUGUCGUGAAUUCGGCUUCUUGGGUGUCUUUUUGGAUAAAGCUGCACAAUUUUGAACAGCCUCUCCAUGAGGGCAUACUAAAACUCAAGAGCGUGUAUGAUAAGUGAUGGAGGUGUAGCAGUGGCAAAAGACUGAGAGUGAAGAUCAAACCCUCCAUUACUUUUCAAACAUACACCUAUUUAGCUGCUUCAUAAUGCUCCAUCUGCAUUUUAAGAUAUUUAAUGAGUGGAAAUAUUUCAACAGUUUUUCCGGAUGACUAUACUAUAUUCCUUGUUUUUCAUGUUUCCCACCAACACUGUAUUCUGAUGUGUAUUAGUAAUAAAUUCCUAAAGUUUUA